UUUAUGCCGAUCUUCCAAGUUUCAUAACUUCUCAAAAAAACAUACUUUCUUUUUCUCUUAUUUUAUUAUUAUUAUUAUUUUUUGACAGGAAAGUAACAUUAUGUUUUUACCCAAUGCUUUUUGAAGAUAUCUUCUUGACUUUGUCUCUUUCAUUUCCUUCAAGAUACCCUCCCAUAUACAAUUGUUUUGCUAUUUCUAUGUAUUUGGUUGGUCUAGACUCUCAUUAGAAACUUUGAGAGUUUGCUUAUCUAACACUCUCUCUCCCUCUCCUGAAUUCCUUAUAGAGUUAAGAAAGUUCCAAUUAUACCACCAAUGGAAGAAGAUUCAAACCAGUAUGCAGAAGCAUCAUUUCCCAACAGCGAAACAGAAGUUUACUUAGAAGAAAGAGACCCAGAAAGCAAUUCUCUGCAUCAACCACUCCUCAAGAGAAAUAGAACACUUUCAUCCAGUCCACUUGCGAUUGUUGGAGCCAAAGUUUCCCAUAUUGAGAGUUUGGAUUAUGAAAUCAACGAGAACGAUCUUUUCAAGCAAGAUUGGAGAAGCAGAUCCGAAGUCCAAGUUUUGCAGUAUAUAUUUUUGAAGUGGACUUUGGCUUUCCUUGUUGGACUUCUAACUGGUUUAAUAGCCACCCUCAUCAACCUUGCAGUGGAAAACAUUGCUGGUUACAAGCUUCUUGCUGUGGUUGGAUUCAUACAGGAAGAGAGGUACCUGACAGGGUUCAUCUACUUAACUGCAUCCAACUUUCUUCUGACAUUUUUAGCUGCAAUUCUCUGUGUCUGUUUUGCUCCCACUGCUGCUGGACCUGGUAUACCUGAAAUCAAAGCUUAUUUAAAUGGAGUGGACACUCCCAACAUGUUUGGUGCUACAACAUUGAUUGUCAAGAUAAUUGGAAGCAUUGGAGCUGUCUCCGCUGGCCUAGAUCUCGGGAAAGAAGGGCCUCUCGUGCACAUUGGGAGUUGCAUUGCAUCCCUACUAGGCCAAGGGGGUCCUGAUAAUCACCGUAUUAAAUGGCGUUGGCUCCGGUACUUCAACAAUGACCGGGAUCGCCGGGAUCUCAUCACCUGUGGUGCUUCUUCAGGAGUCUGUGCUGCAUUCCGAGCCCCAGUUGGUGGCGUACUUUUUUCUCUUGAAGAGGUGGCAACAUGGUGGAGGAGUGCCCUCCUCUGGAGAACUUUCUUUAGCACAGCAGUUGUGGUGGUGGUGCUCAGGGCUUUCAUGGAAAUAUGCAAUUCUGGGCAAUGUGGGCUUUUCGGAACAGGAGGGUUAAUAAUGUUUGAUGUAAGCAAUGUUACAGUCAGGUACCGUUUAAUGGAUAUUAUCCCUAUUGUUUUGAUCGGCAUUAUUGGUGGGGUUCUGGGAAGCCUUUACAACCACCUUCUCCACAAGGUCCUCAGACUAUACAAUCUCAUUAAUCAGAAGGGAAAACUCCACAAGCUCCUCCUCAGUCUCACCGUAUCACUCUUUACCUCUGCUUGCCUUUAUGGUCUCCCUUUUCUUGCUAAAUGCACACCCUGUGAUUCCUCUCUUCCGGAUUCUGCUUGCCCCACCAAUGGACGGUCUGGCAACUUCAAGCAAUUUAACUGCCCCAAGGGACACUACAAUGACCUAGCUACUCUACUCCUUACCACUAAUGAUGAUGCAGUUCGAAAUAUUUUCUCAACCAACACUCCCAGUGAAUAUAACCCCUUUUCCCUCCUAAUAUUCUUUGCACUGUAUUGCAUCUUGGGACUGUUUACCUUUGGUAUUGCCGUACCAUCUGGACUCUUCCUUCCCAUCAUUCUCAUGGGCUCAGCUUAUGGCCGCCUGCUUGGUAUUGCCAUGAGAUCUUAUACAAACAUUGACCAGGGGCUUUAUGCUGUUCUAGGUGCAGCCUCCCUCAUGGCUGGCUCGAUGAGGAUGACCGUUUCACUUUGUGUGAUAUUUCUUGAACUCACCAACAACCUUCUUUUACUACCCAUAACUAUGAUUGUCCUCCUUAUUGCCAAAACUGUUGGAGACAGUUUCAAUCCAAGCAUCUAUGAGAUUAUACUGCACUUGAAAGGCCUGCCUUUCUUGGAUGCUAAUCCAGAACCAUGGAUGCGGAAUCUCACUGUUGGUGAGCUUGCUGAUGCCAAGCCGCCAGUAGUUACCCUCUGUGGAGUCGAAAAGGUGGCCCAUGUUGUGGAUGUACUGAGAAACACCACACAUAAUGCUUUCCCUGUUGUAGAUGGAGGAGUGGUGCCACCAGUGGGACUGGCUGAGGGGGCAACAGAACUACAUGGAUUAAUCCUCAGAGCUCACCUUGUCCAAGUGCUGAAGAAGAAGUGGUUCCUGAGAGAGAAAAGAAGAACAGAAGAGUGGGAAGUGAAAGAGAAAUUUACCUCGAUGGAUUUGGCCGAGAGGGAGGGGAAGAUUGAGGAGGUGGCUGUGACAAGUGAUGAAAUGGAGAUGUACAUAGAUCUGCAACCUCUGACCAAUACAACACCUUUCACAGUGGUAGAAAGCAUGUCAGUUGCAAAAGCCAUGGUGCUCUUCAGACAAGUGGGAUUGCGCCAUUUGCUCAUUAUACCAAAGUAUCAAGCAGCUGGGGUGCCUCCUGUGAUUGGUAUAUUGACCAGACAGGAUUUGAGGUCUUACAACAUUUUGUCCGCCUUUCCUCAUCUGGCAAGAUCCAAGAGCAGAGAGAAGGGUAACUGAAUCUCUCAUAUUGAACAGAAGUAUCUAGUAGCUUUCUUGGUGCUGCCACAAAACGUUCUCAUUUUUGAAGGUUUUACACGUUAUGAAUUCUUUCAUUAAAUUAGAUAAGAAACCACAAUAAUGUAUUUAUUCAACAACUAUUUUUACACAAAUUUCAGUCUAUGGACAAAAUUUCUUUUUCUCAACAGAACAAAUAACACAGGGUUGGCCUUGGAUGA